AUGGAACAUUUAAAGAAUACCUUUGCACAAUGCAAGAAGGAAGGAAGGUCCGCAUUGGUAACGUAUAUCACUGCGGGCUUUCCUCUACCAGAGGAUACUGUUGAUAUCAUGCUUGGUAUGGAGGCUGGUGGUGCCGAUAUCAUUGAAUUAGGCAUUCCUUUCUCAGACCCUACCGCAGACGGACCCACGAUUCAGAGAGCGAAUACUCAAGCUUUGAACAAUGGCGUAACGGUCACUUCGGUUUUACAAAUGGUACGGGAUGCGCGGAAAUUGGGACUGAGGGCUCCAGUUCUUUUCAUGGGUUAUUACAAUCCCUUUUUGAGUUAUGGAGAGGAAAAGUUAUUGAAGGACUGUCGAGAAGCUGGCGUUAAUGGUUUCAUUAUUUGUGAUCUUCCACCCGAAGAAGCUGUGAGCUUCAGGAAGUUUUGCACAAGUGAAGGAUUAUCCUACGUCCCUCUCAUCGCUCCUUCGACUUCCGAAUCUCGAAUGAAGCUUCUCUGUAAGCUUGCGGACUCCUUCAUUUAUGUCGUUUCAAAAAUGGGCGUGACGGGAGCUACAGGAGGUACAAUGAAUGCUGGACUGGGCGAUUUGUUGAGAAGAGUAAAGGAAUGUUCAGGGAACGUUCCAGCCGCGGUAGGAUUUGGGGUUAGCACAAGAGAUCAUUUCUUAAGUGUGGCAAAAAUCGCAGAUGGAGUUGUUAUUGGCAGUCAAAUCAUCACCACCGUUAAUGAAGCACCUGCUGGCAAAAUCGCGAAGAGCGUUGAAGAAUAUUGUGCGGAAGUUUCCGGAAGACGAGGUGCUCCUAAUGAGGGUCUGACUAGGGAGGUUGGUAUCAUCGAGACAAUGGAUGCUGCCCACGAGCCUAGCGGAGAGAAUGUCACCGUUGAUGCUAUCAUUCGAGAUGAAGAUAGAUCAGGUCCUGGUUUAGCAGAUCAGAUUGAAGCCUUGAAUACGAAAGGCCCUGUCGAUCCAAAACUAGCAUCACCACAAAAGUUUGGAGAAUUUGGUGGACAAUAUGUACCAGAGUCUCUCAUGGAUUCUUUAUCAGAACUUGAGGCGGGAUUCAACGCAAUCAAGGAUGAUCCAGCAUUCUGGGAAGAAUACCGAACAUAUUACCCAUGGAUGGGACGACCAGGUCAAUUACACGAGGCAGAAAGACUUACCGAGUAUGCGGGUGGUGCCAAGAUUUGGUUGAAGAGAGAGGAUCUGAACCACACGGGAAGUCACAAGAUCAAUAAUGCUUUGGGACAAAUCCUUCUUGCACGACGAUUAGGGAAGACCGAGAUUAUCGCAGAGACUGGUGCGGGACAGCACGGUGUGGCCACAGCGACCGUUUGUGCAAAGUUCGGUAUGAAAUGUACUAUCUAUAUGGGAGCCGAAGACGUAAGACGACAAGCUCUCAAUGUUUUCAGAAUUAAGCUUCUCGGGGCUACAGUCAUCGCAGUCGAAGCUGGUUCCCGUACUCUUAGAGAUGCUGUCAACGAAGCCAUGCGCUCUUGGGUUGUCAAGCUUGACACCACUCAUUACAUUAUUGGAUCUGCAAUUGGUCCUCAUCCGUUCCCAACCAUCGUCCGAACGUUUCAAUCUGUUAUCGGUAACGAGACUCGGGCUCAAAUGCUAGAGAAACGCGGUAAACUCCCUGAUGCUGUCGUUGCAUGUGUUGGAGGUGGUAGUAAUGCUGUCGGCAUGUUUUACCCUUUUUCGAAAGACCCAAGUGUUAAAUUAUUAGGUGUUGAAGCCGGAGGUGAUGGUUUAGACACAGAUCGACAUUCCGCUACUCUGUCGGGUGGCACUAAAGGUGUUUUACAUGGUGUCCGUACAUAUGUCCUUCAAGACAAAUACGGACAAAUUUCAGAUACUCAUUCGGUCUCUGCUGGUCUAGAUUACCCAGGUGUUGGACCAGAAUUAAGUAACUGGAAAGAUAGUGAGCGCGCCAAAUUCAUCGCGGCAACGGAUGCUGAGGCAUUCAAAGGGUUCAGAUUGAUCAGUGAGAAAGAAGGUAUUAUUCCGGCUUUGGAAACUGCGCAUGCGGUAUGGGGGGCAGUAGAAUUGGCAAAGACCAUGAACAAAGAUCAAGAUGUCGUCAUUUGUCUAAGUGGUAGAGGUGAUAAGGAUGUACAGAGUGUUGCAGAAGAACUGCCCAAGUUGGGUCCGGAAAUUGGAUGGGAUUUGAGAUUUUAG